AGCUUUUCAGAGACAAUGUCUGGACGUGCGAAGCAGGGCGGCAAGGCUCGCGCCAAGGCCAAGUCCCGUUCUUUCAGGGCCGGCCUGCAGUUCCCCGUGGGCCGCGUCCAUAGGCUCCUUCGCCAAGGGAACUAUGCAGAGCGUAUCGGGGCUGGCACACCAGUGUACCUGGCAGCCGUGCUGGAGUACCUGACGGCCGAGAUCCUGGAGCUGGCUGGCAACGCGGCCCGCGACAACAAAAAGACGCGCAUCAUCCCGCGCCACCUGCAGCUGGCCAUCCGCAACGACGAGGAGCUCAACAAGCUGCUGGGCCGCGUGACGAUCGCGCAGGGCGGUGUCCUGCCCAACAUCCAGGCGGUGCUGCUGCCCAAGAAGACCGAGAGCAGCCACAAGGCCCAGAACAAGUGA